GAAAGUAGUAAACUGACAACACUUCUAAGUUCAAGGUACUUUAUAUACAAUUAAAAAUCAAUGAAAUGCAUUAUAAAUGCACUUACCACCCGAUUAUUAUUAUAUUCGUUGCAGUGUUCAUUAGAAAUGUAAUUACAAAGGCUUAUGUUACUAGACAAAACGUUUUAUUGAUUUUCAUUGACGACUUGCGCCAUCUUGUAGACGAAAAUGUACCUUUGCCAAAUUUAAGCAAUAUGGCUUCUUCAGGCGUUAUAUUUAAACAAGCGUACGCUCAGCAAGCUCUCUGUGCUCCAAGCAGAAAUUCCAUGCUGACCGGUCGUCGUCCUGACUCCAUAAGACUGUACGAUUUCUAUUCUUAUUGGCGGGAUACGAUUGGCAACUAUACCACUAUACCUCAGUUUUUCAAAGAAAAUGACUAUGAUACUUACUCCGUUGGUAAAAUCUUCCAUCCUGGGCAAAGUUCGAAUUUUACAGACGACUACCCUUACAGUUGGUCGCAAUAUCCUUACCAUCCGCCAACGGAAAAAUACAAAGACGCCCCGGUUUGCAAAGACAAGGUUACUAAAAAGUUGCAAAGCAACCUAGUAUGUCCAGUAACAGUGAUGAAACAACCAGGGAAAUCAUUGCCGGACUUACAAAGUUUGGAUUACGCAGUAAACUUACUGAAGACAAGAAACAGUAGCAAACCUUAUCUACUGGCUGUCGGAUUUUAUAAACCUCACAUUCCUUUAAAGUUUCCAAAGCAAUACUUGGGAAGUUUUUAUUUGUGUACAGAAAAAAUACCAAUAGAUAAAGUAAAACCACCUAAGAUGGCCUUCAUGCCGAAGCAGAUGCCUAUCGUCUCCUGGCAUCCGUGGACUGAUGUUCGCCAAAGAGAUGACAUUAAGCGGCUCAACAUAUCUUUUCCUAUGGGCCUCAUGCCCCAAGAAUGGACUUUAAAAAUCAGGCAAAGUUACUACGCCGCCGCCAUGUAUGUUGACGACCUGAUUGGUGUUCUAAUGCAAUACGUGGACUUGAGGAAAACGGUAGUGGUUCUGACAAGUGACCAUGGUUGGUCUUUGGGCGAAAAUGGUCUAUGGGCAAAAUACAGCAACUUCGAAGUGGCUUUACGUGUUCCAUUAAUAAUCUCAGCUCCUGGUCUACCGCACAGCAAAGUGAAUGUGCCCGUAGAACUAAUCGAUUUAUUCCCAACAUUAGUCGAACUUUCUGGAAUACAAAAGGAUAUCCCUGAGUGCACCCACCAGGACAAGUCAAUAUUAUGCUUCGAGGGUAAAAGUUUGGUACCUUUAAUGAAGGCAACGCAAAAUAUUUGUGGCGAAAUAUUCGCGAUCAGUCAGUAUCCUAGACCGAGAGUCUGUCCUCAAAAAAACUCCGAUAAACCUCGUCUGAAAGACAUAACAAUAAUGGGUUACAGCAUAAGGACAAAAAGAUAUAGAUAUACAGAAUGGGUAGGGUUUAAUAACACCUCGUUUAUUAUAAACUGGAACAUAUUACAUGGCAUAGAAUUAUAUGAUCACACUAUGGAUCCAGAAGAAUCCAACAACUUAGUAUCAACUAAAUAUAAUAAUAUAAAACGUUAUCUAUCUAAACUUUUAAGAUCACGCGUCGAUCCACAAUAUUUAAAUUCGACUAAACAAAAUAAUAAAAUUGUAAUAGCACACUUAUAAGUCGGCACUGGACAUAUUUGGUAUACGUCGUUAAAUAAUUACAACACUAUAUUUUUAUACGUCAUUAUUGAUGACAACACGCAAUGAAUUUGUAUGAAUGUAUGAAUCACCAAUAUGGAAAUAGGUCAGACUUACAUUAAUCAUAAUUUUUACACUGACUUACGACGAAGUACCGCAUUUGAAUAAAAAUUGCGAUCGCAAUAACUCAAAUGAAUACUUUUAAAUCAUAUAGCUAGAAUAAAAUACGCAAACUUUACUAAUUUUCGGGCAACUGAUACUAUUUUACCUUAUGUGUUAAAAAAAAAGUUCCAAAUUGUUUAUAUACAUUUCACAUUCAUCCACGAUCUAUUCGAAGCACACAACGUUUACUAAGCGCCAUUUUACAAAAACAAUCCCAAUCAACUAAUUUUCGAUCCAUCGCGAAAAUGAACCAAUCAGAAACAGUAUAUUGACAUGAUUACAAAUUACGUAUUAUGAUUGGUUUAAAAGCACGUAAAGCCGUUGAUCCUGCGCCUGAUCUGUCUCCGGUCUUGUCGGAUUAUUGUCUCACCGGACUAUGAGAGUGAAGGAACAGAGAGUGCACCUGUGUAUUACUGUGUAAAUGGCUGAUCUCCAUUGCCUGGCCUGAACCGUCUCAGUAGGGGACAGUAUAUAAUACAGGGGUGGUAUUAUUAUUAUUGGAAUGUAGACAUAAACCUUGUGGAACCAAACUUCAUGCUAUUGCCUGUCAAAAUUUCUUCUUCCUUUGUAACUGUCUUUUUAUAUUAUAACUAACAAUUAUUAUUACAAA